ACAAUGUUUACAUCAGAAAAAUGUUUGGACCACGUCAGUCGGAUUAAGAACGCGAGAAAAAAAAGACAAGGGAGAUAAAGAUAGAUGAGAAGAUACGUACGGCGAAAAACGAGGCGUUCUUCGGCUAGUACUAAAGAGGACGUUGCAAACAGAGGAGCGUUACAAAGUAGAAAUAUUGUGAAAGCGAACGGCAAAGAGUGGUAGAAAAUUUACGAGUUUCACUACAAUGGCGGAUAACAAUGACGAAGUGUUAGAAGAAUGUGUUAACGAGGAAUGUUCUGUUGACGAAGUGGAUUCUAACGACGAAGUGGAUUCUAACAACGAAGUGAAUUCCAACGACGAAGUGGAUUCUAACAACGAAGUGGAUUCUAACAACGAAGUGGAUGCUAACGACGAAGUGGAUGCUAACGACGAAGUGGAUGCUAACGACGAAGUGGAUGCUAACGACGAAGUGGAUGCUAACGACGAAGUGGAUGCUAACGAAGAAGUGGAUGCUAACGACGAAGUGGAUGCUAACGACGAAGCGGAUGCUAACGACGAAGCGGAUGCUAACGUCGAAGCGGAUGCUAACGACGAAGCGGAUGCUAACGUCGAAGUGAAUUCUAACGACGAAGUGGAUUCUAACGGCGAAGAAUAUUCUGAUGACGAAUUUUCUAAUGUUGAAGAAAACGAGAACGAAGAGGGACGAGGGCGCCGGAACAGAAGGGCCAUAAUCGACCCACCGCUAAGAAGGCGGAUGUUCCUUGAUCAUAACGGAAAACUUAGGGAGCCCUUUCGUAUACGACAGAAAAGAUCAUAAUAAUAAUUAUAUAAAUUUCUUUAUGUCACCCGAAUCGAUCAACCAAAUAAAUUACAAUAAAAUGUAUAACACAUAGUUACAGUUUAAAUAUAUUAACAAACUUUUUGAAUUAUUAUUAA